AUGGAAGAAUGGCUUUUCACUGCUUGAAGGACCCAGAAUGCAAAAUUUUGAGGACGUGGACCAACGCACUUGCUGUAAUUGAGUAAUUGUUAAAAAGAACAUCCAAUAUCAGUUGGCAGGCAAUCGGUAACCAUCUGGGACACCUGGUCUUCAAUUGCAGCCAUCAAGGAAGUUGAGGCGUCUAUCUUUCUCGGAUCUGUCUUCCAAGAUAUCUGUCACUUUGGAGUCGCUCCGAUUUCCAUUCCAUUGCCUCAGUCACACAAUUCCAAGAGAGAGCACAGCCAUCGUUGUCUUCUCUCGGAACUGCCACCAUUGUCAAGAUGGUGGCCCGGGCUACAGCCCAGGAUGGCCCAUCGCCGGAACAAAGCCCAUUGCUGGGGCGGAGUCAGUCAAAGUAUUCUACCGGUAGCGAUGAUGAUGAUGAGGUUCGGCCUCCUACAGCGCAGGGGAUGUCUCCUGCUUCCAGUGUUUCCACGUUUUGUCACACAUCUACAGAUUCAGUAAGCGACUGCGACGAGAGAUUUGCUUCUCUUCUUGGCCCUCAUGACCUUACUGAAAACGCGGGAGAGAAGAAACACCAAUCCAUAUGGCAAAGGAUCGACAAGGGCGCCUUGCAGUUUGCGCUUCGAAUGGCAGUUGUAUUGUCAUUAUCUUCUCUAUUUGUCCUCGUCCGAACAGAUACUUGGCACUUUCCCGAUGGGAUGUGGGUGUUGGUCUCGGUUCUCUUCGUUUGCUGGUUCCCGGCCUUGGAUGCUGCUUCAGUCAUCGAAAAGAUCAUGCAAAGACUAAUUGGAACAUUUGUUGGGGCAUUUCUGGGUCUGUCAUGUGGCUUUGCCUCGAUUUUUUUCUUCAAGUCAAGAGAAACCCAGGCAAUGUUUUUGGAAUGUUGCAUGUUUGUCUUCGUCUUUGGGAUCAUCUUUGCAGCCGGCCAAACAAAAGUGGGGACGGUCAAGGUUAUUCGCAAGUUUGCCUACGCCACCAUCCUCUGUGUCUUGACCUUUUGCAUCUGUAUGCUACCCUUUGCCGUAGAUGAGGAUCCGAAAUGGAAUACGGGCGUCUGGAGAGUCGUCAAUGUCAUUGUGGGCUGUCUGCUUGGGGCGCUAGGUUCUAUUGUGGUUUGCCCAAAGUCCACUACCGAUGUGCUACUAGACAAGGCUGCCCGACAAGUCAAAAUGGCAGGAGAUGCUUCUGAGGCAGUUCUCCAAACUGCAGCCGACUUCUUUGCAGGGCACAUUGCAGUAAAUAGAUUGGCCGAUGACAUCCUGGAAACACCUCUCGAGAGCGCCAUUGAAUGGAAGUUCUUGAGGUCAGAUUCUUUAAGGAGCGAUUGCAGCAGGGAGUCCAUUGCCAGGGCUGAUAUUGCUCUGAAAAAAUAUGAGGAAGCCAUUGCAGACUGGAGACUUAGUAAGAUGCUGUUUCCCUUGGCUCACUACGAUCCAUUUCAUUUGGGAAUCAACAAGACGGCAUCCAGUGACAUGCAAAUGGAAAUAGCAAGAACGUUGGCCCGGGCUCUUCGGAUUCAAACCACUAUUGUCGUGAUGGAUGGAAUGAUCCGUAACGACGCGGAGUACGAUUUCCUUCCAUCCCAUUUGGCGCUGUUUGCCGAGACAGGGAUACUAAUCAAGAGAAUGUUGACCAUCCCUCUUCGCCUGGAGAGAAGCGAUGAUGCUGCUACACGCUUGUUUAGAGCUCUUGAGCAAACUCGUAAGUGUAUCCUGGUGAUGUCGACUGCAGUGUCGGGUGAGGAAGACGAUUUUGAGGACCUCCGAGGCAAAGGCAUAGAGGAUUUCCAAAAGAAUCUGCUGGGUACCGGUACCGGGACGCCCGUUGAUAUCUCUGUCAGAACUACGGGCGACGAAAACGGUCGAGGAAUUCCCCGGGAUGUGACGGGAAGGCAUGAUAACACGUUAUUUUUCCUGCAGUUGGUGGAACACUUGAUCCUCAGGUCUUUACGUUUGUACCAGGCGUGGAAGCAUGUUGAGCCCAAUUGCACCAAGUCUGGUUAGCUACGGUAGGUAGCUAGGUUUUACUCUGGCACAUUGCCCUGCAUUCAUCCAGGUGGAUCAGUGAAAAGGGAGCCAAAUGGACCUAGUGCCUCGUGUUGGAGAGUCAUCAAAAUGCAGCUACCUGCCACCAUUUGGUGCCACCACUCAAUUGGCCAUAUCUCCAUCAAUUCUUGUCUGAUUCAGCUAAUCUUUGAACUGAUAAGACGCCUUUAUACUCUUU